AUGGGAAAACACCCCGAGCUGAAUGGUGUUGCUAACCUAAGAAGCACCUUUUACUCUGAAGUGGGAAUUGGGAUCGUGGCCAAAACCCUCCUCUUUCUGUUCCGUGUCAUCAAGUUCCUCUGUGACAAGAGGCUCAAGAGCACGGACUGGAUCAUUGGUCUCUUGGCCCUGACCCACCUACUGAUGCUGCUCACCAUGGGGUUCCUAGCUGCAGAUACUUUGUCACCUCAACAGGGGCUUUGGGGUGACAUCAGAUGCAAAUCAGUCACCAACUGGUACAGGUUGAUGAGGGGCCUGUCCAUUUCUGCCACCUGCCUGCUGAGUGUCCUGCAGGCCAUCACCUUCAACUCCAGAAGCUCCCCCUUGGCAAAGUUCAAGCUUAAGUCCCCACAGGACAGCCUGAGGUCCCUUCUCUUCCUGUGGGUCUUCUAUACAUCCUUCAGUGCCCACUUCUCCGUCUCUGUGGUCGAUGACUUCAAUGCGACAUCACCCAAUCUAAUGUUCCUCAGUGACUCCUGCACUAUGCUCCACAGGAGCCACUUCCUCAGGCAUUUAUUUACCAUCCUGGGUGAAUUUCAGGAUGUCUGCCUUAUAGGGCUCAUGGCCCUCUCCAGGGGGUACAUGGUGGUCCUCAUGUGCAGGCAUAAGAGGCAGUGUCAACACCUUCACAGCACCAAUCCAUCUCCAAAAGCCUCCCCAGAACAGGGCCACUAG